AUGAACAUUCAACCGGGACAACAACCACUCAAAUCGUUGAUAUCAGCUGAAUCCGACGACGUGACGUCUUCUGAGAAUUCUGAAAAUGAAAAUUCUCAGAAAAAGUUGGUGGUCCGCGCCAGAGCCGGACGAAUGAGACGUGGCGGACCGAUGCCGGUGGCUCGUGCCGAGCCAAUUUGUGUGCCAAAUCAAGUGGCAGCAAUGCCAAUUGUGAUGACGGGCUUCGUAAGCCUGGUCCCUCACACCGUACUCGAUGCGAUUGCACUGACCAACUGUCUGAUGGUUGUUCAGUGUACAGAACCAUUGGAAAUUUUCACUGGCAUCGAGACGCCAAAUCGAUACGUCGUCCAUGAUAUGUAUCUUCGUCCGAUGCUGUUUUGCAAUGAAAGAUCGAAUUUUAUCUCCCGCGAGUGUUGUGGAUCGGGAAGAAAUUUCAGUAUGGAUAUUCGAGAUGUUUUUGGCGCGGAGCUUAUGAGAUGUUAUAGAGAUAACCCAUGCUUCUCGUGUACGGACUACUUGGGAACGCAAUUUCAGGGACAACAAAUUGGACUGAUGAAACGAGAGUGUUGUGACGGACAUUUCAACCUCCUCGGCGCCGGAUGCAACCAACCGUUGCUCAUCAUGUCUCCAUGCUGUGCCAGUUGUGGUGGAACUAAAAUUUUCCCAGUUUGCACGUAUACCGGAGUCAAAAUUGGAGAAAUUGUUCGUCUGUAUCCUGGGUUCCUUCAGGAGCACUUAACCGAUGCGGACACUUAUUUGGUUCAUUUUCCGGUUGACUUGCCACCCAUUCUAAAAUUAUUGCUCAUCUCGUCGGUCUUCCUCAUCGAUUUCACAUUUUUCGAGGACGACAAUUGA